AUGACCGUUACUGCUAUACCAUCAAACGAGCAGGAGCUCACAAAGCUAAUGCAUGGUAAAUCAGCUACCGAACGCAAUGCUUUCAUCUCAAUGCUCCGCAAAGAUGGUCAAGCCCACCGUCUGGUCACAGAUGAAUACGUCAAGCGCUGGUCUGCCGACAGCGAUGAGGCACGUAAGACAAGACAAGACUCCUACAUGUGCUUAGUGAACAACUACUACGACUUGGCGACUGAUCUGUAUUGCGAGGGCUGGGGAGAGUCUUUUCAUCUGUGUCGAUUUGCUCCCAAAGAAUCUUUGGUGCAGGCAUUGGCUCGUCAUGAGCAUUACCUUGCCCAUAUGAUCGGUAUCAAGGACAACUACACUGUCCUUGAUGUGGGUUGCGGUGUUGGUGGGCCAGCAAGAGAGAUUGCUACAUUCGCUGGCUGCAAGGUCGUCGGUGUGAACAACAAUGGCUAUCAAAUCGAGAGAGCCACUGCACUCACGGCUAAGCGAGGUCUUUCUGACAAAGUCUCCUUCGUCCAGGAUAACUUUAUGCAUCUGAGUUUCCCAGACAACACCUUCGACGCCAUAUAUGCUAUCGAAGCCACAUGUCACGCUCCAGUUCUCGAAGGCGUUUACUCACAAAUGUUCCGCGUCGCCAAACCAGGUGCCGUAGUCGGUAUCUACGAAUGGGUAAUGACAGACCUCUACGACGAUGACAAUCCCACACAUCGCGCACUUCGUCAUGGCAUCGAACGUGGCAACGGCAUUUCCAACAUGGUAACCAGAAAAGAUGCGUUGCAAGCCUUUUCGAGAGCAGGCUUUACAUUGCUGCAUGACGAGGAUUUGGCAGAGCGUAGAGACGCAAGACCUUGGUAUGCUCCGCUGAGUGGCGAUAUCAAUUAUGCUACUGGGGUUUGGGAUGUCGUUGGCGCUGUGCGCAUGACGAAGAUUGGUCGGUUUGCUAUGGAGACGUUGCUUUCGGCGCUGGAAGCGAUUAAGAUGGCGCCAUCUGGGACUGCGGAGACUGCUAGAGAGUUGUCAGCUGGUGCUGAUGCUUUGGUCGCUGGUGGCAAGGAAGGUCUGUUCACUCCGAUGUAUCUCAUGAUUGGGAGGAAGCCGAUGUAG